AUGAGGCUGUUCAACCACUUCGGGGUUUUUGUGGGCGCUUCGACUUUCGUCGUGACCGAUCCCGCCGCGUCCUCCAGCGUGUCACUCGAGGCGUUGCGUGGCUAUACCAAAGUGGAGCAUGUUGCGAAUCCAGCGGAAACUCACUUGAUCAACGGAAUGCAGGAAGAUCGUGGCAAAUCUGGUCCACCUUUGUUUUCGGAGGAAUUGGCCAAACUAGCCAAGUGGACGGGGCUGAAGGGUGAAUCGUCAAAGAAUAAGGGCGUGGCAUCCGUCGAUGAAGUCCUCCGCGACGAGGUGAUUGUACCUGUCAAGGAGAAGCUCGAGAGGGUAUACACCUUUGGUCAAGGCUUCAACAUCGCGGGAGAGCAAGAGGUGGCUCUCUCCAGAAACUCUGACGCAAUCGCAGCCCCUUAUAGUCAUGCAAGCCCUAUCGGAGAAAGCCAGCUGCUGGCCGUGUACGAACAUUAUCAGACGUUUGGCCAACAGCUCACGGACGACCAGAUUCUUGGACUUCUGGAUAGAGCCGCAACACCGAAAGAUGUAGCUGAGAUUCUGUGUGUGGCGCGACGAUUUGGGACUGAUAAAGCAAAGUGGGUUGCGGUGGCAGAAGCUCAGUUUGAUUACUGGAGGAUCCGGGAAAAAGAUGCGAGCGCGGUAGCCAGGGACUUAUUCAACGUUGCAGCUCUGGAUUCUCCAGGGCUCGAGAAAAACGCGCUAUGGCGAGACAUCUUGGAAGAAUACACGAAGUACAUUAAGACUUGA